UAACCAACAUUCGAUACACACGCAACUCACAACUGCGCACAUCCUUUCUAACAACAUGUAAAAUCCACCGCCACGGCUGGCUACCCUACGCAUGCAAUGACUUUUAAAUAUCCAGAGGAUGCCUUCAUCAAUCUUCUGAGGUCUACAUAUUCCCACGCGCGGCAUGCUCGUAGAAGCAUCUCCCCAUCCUUGGCCACGCCGCCGUCCUCGCGCCGGUUGAGUUCCCUAGCAUUGGCAACUCCCAGAUGGCCUCUCAAACCGUUACUUGUUGCUCAAUUGGCCCGUGAUCGAACCGAAAAGCUCCCGCGACUCCGAACCCGGUCCUUUGCAACUAUUGGUGCUGAGAAUGAUAUCCCUUCCAAUAUCGCUAUCCUGGGUGGUGGCAUCACCGGAUUGACCACGGCCCACUACUUAGCCCGCCAUGCCCCAGAUGCGAAAAUCACGCUGUAUGAGGGAUCUGGCAGACUGGGCGGAUGGAUAGACGGGGGGCUGGAACAUACUCCUGACAAAUCGAGCAAGGUCCUUUUCCAGCAUGGUCCGCGCAUGCUUCGAACUGGCAAGUCAUCGUUGAAGUAUGACGACCUCGUCUUUUAUGAUGUGGUGGCCAACUUGAAGAUAAUGGACAAAAUCAUGAUCCCUAAAGGCAACACUAACACUCGUUACCUCUAUUACCCGGACCACUUGGUUAAGCUACCUGAAGGUAACCUCUCCUUAACAAACAUCGUCAGGAGUACCCUAAGCAUUCUUACCGAACCCAUAUGGGAUGGGUUUCUAAGUUCUGGUUGGAAUGCCGCAAAAUAUAGGGCGGAGACGAGGUGGCGGCAAUCUGAUAUCUCGCACGCUGAACAGUUGGCCAAAGACGAAUCCAUAGGUGCCUUCUUCGAGAGGACAAUGGGAGACGAUCGAUUUAUCAAAAACGUUUUUUCUGGCAUGAUGCAUGGCAUCUAUGGCGGCGACGUAUAUAAACUGAGUGUGAAACAGACGGCCUUCAGUAACUGGUGGCGUUCAUGCAUACUCCCAACAAAUGAUGGUUGUGCCUGGGUAGAUACGAAGGAUAUUAUUCUUUCCUAUGAUAUACUGGAUGGCCCAAAUCGAUUUCAGGUUGGAAAACUCGCAACAGAAGCUUUGAACUACGAUACCAUAGUGUUUGAAGACGGCCUGCUUACCCUUGCCAAUAGCAUGAUUCAAGAUCUUAGGACAUGGGAGAAUGUGACAAUCAAAACUGAUUGCCCAGUCACCUCCCUGGCCUACGACAGUAACCAAGUAUCUAUAACGACGGCGAACAACCAGGAGCAGCCGGAGAAAUAUGACAAGGUUAUCAGCACCAUCUUCUCUAAACACCUUGCCGAACUAGUCAAAUACGAGGAUGGCCACACCCGACUCCCUUCACUUGCUGACACCCAUGCUGUGACCAUGAUGGUCAUCAACUUCUGGUUCCCAAACCCUGAUCUCCUCAGCCGGAACCACGGGAUGGGCUACCUCGUUCCCAUUACCACACCAAACAACCCCGAGUGCUUUCUGGGUGUGCUCUUUGACUCAGACAUCGCCAACCCCAACGAAGUGCCUGGCACUAAGCUCACCGUCAUGAUGGGUGGCCAUUACUGGGAUAGCUGGAAAGUGUAUCCCUCCGAAGAUGUGGCCAAAGCGAUGGCUCGCGAAGCCCUUCAGCGUCACCUCAACAUUGACAUCUCUGAGCCAGCUGUUGCUUCUGCUACCCUCUGCCGCGACAGCAUACCUCAGCACUAUGUUGGCCACCGCGACCGCAUGAGCGAAGCUCACCACGAGCUACUCACCGCCUUUGAAGGUCACCUUACCGUCGCGGGCCCUAGCUACACCACCGUCGGUGUUCAACCUGCCAUUCGUGCUGGCUUCGACGCUGCUAUGCGCGUAGUGCGCGGCCACGGGCCUCCCUAUUUCCGACACCCUCACAACGAAAACUCAAGUUCCUUUUUCGAUAGGCUGUGGGAACAGAUCCGAAAGAGAAACCUUAUGAGCGAAGUACCGGAUCACGUGGGCGAAACGGGACUCAAAGAAUUCACCCGCCCGGAUUAUGAUACGUACAUGUACAUGUAUAGGUCUGCCUUGCAUUACCGCAAGUGGGCUAAGAAGUCAGACGACGAGGACUAGUGAAUGGGAAUAAGCAUCUUGAUGAGAACAUGAGUAGUAGGUGAUGUAAAGAACGAGGAUGAUAUUGUAGAUAAGGCCAACAUCAUAUAGAGCAAAAAAAAGAAGGGAGGGGAGGGUGAUUUGAAUCGCGGUUGCAUUAGAUGCAUUGAAACUACCUACUUACAUGUAUAUACCUCCCUACGGGUAGAUAGGUAGAUAUUUGCUACUACAUAUGUGUAGAUGGAAUGACGGAGACUUGGUACUUACUUACAUACCUGUAUCGUACCUAGAUUCAUACAUAGGUACCCAGGUAGUAAAACUCUAUUGUAUAAGGUGAAACAGAGGAGGUAGCCGCCGCGUAGACGCAUUCACUCAUAGAUUCCUAGGUACCUAGAUAGGUUAGGGGGACGCUUCAAAGAGCCGUACCUAUGAAAUGCAUCAUUUAUCAACACGGG